CUUCCCAGGAUGUUGUAGUCGUAAUGAUUUGUACAGUCCUUUGAGACAUUUGUGAUUUGGGGCUAUAUAAAUAAACAUUGAUUGAUUGAUUGAUUUAUAUAGUAUUGGAGUGUCGAAAUGACAAAAGGAAAAGCUGGAAAACGAUGAAGAAGAACUGGUAAAGAAGUGGAAUCAAAUAAAAGAUCAAGAAGGACUGUAAAGUUGCUGAGUAGACUGGUAUAGUGGUGGUGCAUUAAACUGGCAGCAGAUAUAAUAUGUGAUACUUUCUUUUUCUUCCUGCAGUCAUCCCGUCCUGCAGCAUGCACCUAUGUGAAUGUGGAGAAUGACCAGCAAUGUCCAAGUUGAACAUUCCACCCUUUGUGCCUGCCCGGACUGUGCUGGAAGGCCUCGAGUCAGAGGAUGCGUGUGAAGACAAGAAAGCUGUAAAAAAGGAGAUCCAUAGCAAAAAGGGAGCCAAAAAGGACAAAAUGGAAGAGGAGAAUACAGACCUGCUCAGACUUUGCCACACAGUACCGCUGGAGGUGGUGAACUUAGGUGGGAAAGGUUACGAUCCAGAGAAGAAAGACUACUCAGGUUUUGAGGCCUGGUUGCAGUGUUACUAUGUGGAUGGAAUGAAGUCUGUACGCGACCACAAUGGCAGGACUAUGUGGUUCAAAGGCGAUCCAGGUCCUAUGGCUCCUAAAGAAUCAAAGUCUCCAAAGGCCAAAAAGAGAAAAGAUACAGAUGCAGACCAUGAUUACCCCCGCAAGAAAAAGGUGUCCAGGAAACACAACUCUGACAGCACAGUGAAGAAAAAAGCAGCCAAAAAGCCCACAAAAGCAGCAAAGGAAGAAGAAAAUGGACCUCAAGAAGAAGCCACACCCAGAAGAAGAUCAGCAAACACACCUCAGCAAGAACCGAAAUCCACGUCAGGCAGGAGGAAAAAGAACAAUACAGAGCCAGCUGCAGGUCUGAUUCUAAUAAUACUCCCAUUUUCUGAAAAUAUUAAGAGCCUGAUCUUUGAGGAUCCAAUUCCCACACACUUAUCUGUGUGCGCAAACUAUAAAAUUGCAUGUACUGUUGGUGGACGUGUUGUAUGUGAUCUACUUUGUGCAAUUGAUAGCAGCAAAAGUGGCACAGAUCACCCUAUUUUUGUGUACUAGAAGCAUUAUGUGCCCUUGGAAACACUUCUUUCCCUCUACAUUCAUGUUAUUAUGCUCUCCACACUGGAGGGGGGCUUAUAUUAGAUUAUAGCACAUAUCGAUCAUCUAACACCUUUUCUGCAAUAUAGAAUCACAGUAUGUAUACUAUUUGCAGCAGGAAUGAUCAAACUGCAUAUUGCAAGACAUUUUUUUUAGGAGUUAUACUAAAUACAAAAAAAAAAAACGCAACGCUUUUGUUCUUGUUCCCAAUUUAAAUGAACUCAAAGAUCGAAAACUUUGACUAUAAACACAAAAUACCUGUUCCUCUCAAAUAUUGUUCACAAAUCUGUAUACAUUUGUUAGUGAGCAUUUUUUCUUUGCCAAGAUAAUCCAUCCCACCUGACAGGUGUGCCUUGAGCUGUCCAAAAUAAAAGGCCACUGUGAAAUGUGCAGUUUUAUCACACAACACAAUGCUUCAGAUGUCGCAAGUUUUGAGGGAGCGUGCAGUAGGCAUGCUGACUGCAGCAAUGUCCACCAGAGCUGUUGCCCGUCAAUUAAAUGUUUAUUUCUCCGCCAUAAGAAUAGAAUAGAAUAGAAAGUACUUUAUUGAUCCCUGGGGGAAAUUCAGCACCACAGUUCGCUCACAAUAAACAAUGAUAAUAAUAAAUAAUAUAAUAUAUAUGAAUAAUAUAAAUAUAUUCUACAUUUAAGUGCAGUCAAGGAACAUAUGCAUUAUACAGUCUGAUGGCUGUCGGUGUGAAGGACCUCCUGUGUCGUUCCGUGUUGCAUUUUGGGAGUCUGAGCCUUCCACUGAAGGUGCUCAUUCUCUCUGCAAGGUCCGAGUGUAGUGGGUGGGAGGUGUUGUCCAUAAUGGCUAGGAGUUUUGCUAGACUUCUCUCUGACACCACCGCCAGAGAGUCCAGCUCCACUCCCAUCUUGUUACUGGCCUUCUCUACCAACUUGUCCAGUCUGUAUGUGUCCCUCACUCUCAGCCCGCUGCCCCAGCAGGCCACGGCGUACAAGAGGGCGCCUGCCACCAGCGACUCGUAAAACAUCUUCAACAUCUUUGUACAGACGUUGAAGGAUCCUAGCCUCCAAAGGAAAUAUAGAUCCGGCUCUGUCCCUUCUUGUAGAGGGCCUCAGCGUGUUUUGACCCAUUCAGCUUGUUGUCCAUGUGUACUCCGAGGUAUUUAUAAUCCUCUACCAUGUCCACAUCCACCCCCUUGAUGGAAAGAGGGGUCGCCAGAGUACUCCUCCUCCUUCCCAGGUCCACAACCAGCUCCUUGGUCUCCGUAACAUUGAGCUGGAGGUGGUUCUUUCCACACCAUGUGACAAAGUCCUCCACCAGUGUCCUGUAUUCCUCGUCAUCACCUUCCUCAAUACACCCCACUAUCGCAGAGUCAUCAGAAAACUUCUGAAGGUGGCAGGACUCUGACUGAUAGUGGAAAUGGGUGGUGUAAAUGGUGUAGAGGAAGGGGGAAGAGUACUGUAGCCUCCGGGGCCCCGGUGUUGCUGACCAGCCUGUCAGACACACAGUCCUGCAGUGGCAUAUACUGUGGUCUGUCAGUCAGGUAAUCUACAACCCAGGACACCAAGGGGGCCUCCACCUGCAUCUUCUCCAACUUCACACCCAGUAGCCCAGGCCGUUUAGUAUAAGCCGCCUCCAAAGGUGUUUCAGAGAAUUUGGCAAUACAUCCAACUGGCCUCACAGCCGCAGACCAUAUUGAUUGGCUGAGACCUGCCACCCGGACAGCUGCUACAACAAUUGGUUUGCUUAACCAUAGCAUUUCUGCACAAACUGUAAGAAACUACCAUGAAUUGAUUAACGUGGACCCCGACUUAAACAAGUUGAAAAACAUAUUGGGGUGUUACCAAUUAGUGGUCAAUUGUACGGAAUAUGUACUGAACUGUGCAAUCUACUAAUAAAAGUAUCAAUCAAUCAAUCUGUCUCAAGAAAGCUCAUCUGCAUGCUCGUGGUCCUCAUCGGGGUCUCGACCUAACUGCAGUUUGUCUUCUUAACCAACUUGAGUGGGCAAAUGCUCACACUCAAUGGCGUCUGGCACAAUACAGAGGUUUUGGUAUGUUAUUAUUGACAGCGAAACCACGUGCAUUUUAUUGAUGGCAUUUUCCAUGCGCAGAGAUACCGUCACGAGACCCUGAGCCCCAUUGUUGUACUAAUCACCCGAGGCCAUCACCUUUAUAAAUAACAUUUACUAACUCAUGUUGCAAGGAUCUGGAAGCUAAAAACAUCCCAGUUCUUGCAUGACCAGCAUACUCACCGGACAUGUCACCCAGUAAGUAAUUUUUGAGAGGAAUAUAUAUUUUCUGUAUAGUAAAAGUUUCAGAUCUUUAAGUUCAAUUCAUGAUAAAUGGGAGCAAAAACAAAAGUGUUGCGUUUAUAUAUUUGUUCAAUACCAUAUUUUUCGGAGUAUAAGUCGCACCUGCCGAAAAUGCAUAAUAAAGAAGGAAAAAAAACAUACAA